CCGGCGCUCGCUUCGGCCUCCAGACGGCGAAAAUGGCAAGACUGUUUCCAAGGCAGUCAAGAUGGAGGAGGAAGAGGAGGAGGAGGAGGAGGAGGAGAGGGAGGAACGAGGAAGAAGGGGGGGAAGGAGGAGCUCCUGCCUGCGCGCAGCAGAGGAGCACGCACACACAGCACACGAAAAACUACGGUGUUCGUGUGAGAGCAGCAGGGAGGGCAGCGAACGCAGACUCUGGAAGUAGCGAGCGCGGGCGGUCGCAGCGUGGCCACGCGGGGCGUGACCUGGAAUCCAUAUGGGUCGGGUCUGGGGAGCGAGGGGGCGGUGCCACUGGCAGGCGCCCAGGCGCGCCGCGGGGGCGAAGGCCAGCCCUCGAGGAACAGAGCAAGACACGGGGAGAGGAAAAGAGAGAGAGAGAGAGAAAAACAAAAAAAAAAAAAAAAGGCCGCGCACGUCAGAGGUGCAUCGGCAAAGCGGUGCGGCGGGGUCCGCUGCUGGACGCGCGGCAGUGCCACAGUGCGGCGCCAUGCCAAAAACGACGACGACCCACAGCCACUCACCGAACGAACCUCCCAGAGUGGGCGUUUGUGUCAUCCUCUGUUCCCCGAAGCAGGGGACGGAUAGAGCGAGGGCCGGACGGCGCGGGCGCCUGCAGGGCGGCAGCGGAGGGUCACAUGCCGACGCCGCGCGCUCGGCCCUGCCACGGCGGGGGCUGAAGCCGAAGCGCUGCCU